AUCUCUUUCAUGUCACCAAACUUACUCUCCCCUUUCAUUCUCAAAAUUUCCUUUGUGUGGACAAUACUUUGCGUAAGAGUCUUGCUUCCAUCAAGCUCUUGCUCAACUAUUUGUGAUCCUUGUUGGGGCUCUUUUAUUUUUGUACAUAAUAUCCCAUCUUCUUGCCAUCUGUUCACCAAUUAUUUUUGUUUCUAUUUUAGAUUUUUUUCGGUUUGUAUUUCAUUUAUUAUGCAGUCGACCACAUAUAUUGAGAUAUAUUGAGAUUAAGGUUUUGAUAUUUGUAUUUUCUAACCUGUAUUUAAGGCGUUGAAAUACUCCUGUAUUUUUAGUCAGGAAGUGAAAAAAGAGAGUUUGUUUUUUAUUCUCUUUUUUCUUGUUCAAGUUUUGCCAAGUUGGAGUAAAAGUUAGUUAAUGUGGUAGUUGAAAGUCCUUGUUUUCCUUAAAUUUUAUUCCCAACUAUUUUAAAUUAUUUUUGUAAAAAUAAUUGGCGGCUUCUCUUUUUAUUCAAAUCCUUGGCUCUUGGGGUUAUCCCUUCUUUCUUGUGCAAGUCUUUGGUUUUUCUUUGUUCUUGCUCCUUUGUGGGAAAUCUACCAUAUUUUUUAGUCUUGUUCAUUGUUCAUAGUCUAUAUUUUGGUGGGUGAACUAAGAAAAUUCAAGCUAGUUGACCAAGAAAAAGGUCUAUAUAUACAAAGAAAUCUUUAUGGUUUUAUCUCUAUUGGUUGUGGGUAAAAACAUGACUAAUUGUGAGGCAACUCCAUUAGAUUCAAAAGAUGGAUCAUACGAAGAAAUCAAGGACGACAAAGGUCAGAUAGUACAAGUCAUCCUACGAAACACUAAAGGAGCUUCUGCUCGGAUAAGCUUGUAUGGGGGCCAAGUUCUUUCAUGGAAGAAUGAACAAGGAGAAGAAUUGUUAUUUAUGAGCAGCAAGGCAACGUUUAAGCCGCCGCAUGCUAUCCGGGGAGGGAUUCCCAUAUGUUUUCCUCAGUUUGGAAGCCGAGGCUUAUUAGAACAGCAUGGAUUUGCAAGAAAUAGAACGUGGUCAAUUGACAAACAGCCUCCAUCACCGCGAAUUAAUGGAUUCAAUGGUCAUGCUUCCGUCGAUUUGGUGUUAAAACCAUCUGACGUAGAUUAUAAAGUGUGGUCUAACAGAUUUGAAAUUCGACUCAGAGUUAUACUAACAGAAGAAGGUCAUCUUAUUCUGAGAUCUCGUGUUAAGAAUAUUAAUGGAAAACCCUUCGGUUUCUCUUUUGCAUUUCGUACAUAUUUUGCUAUCUCAGAUAUCAGUGAAGUUCGAGUAGAGGGAUUAGAAACCCUAGACUAUCUUGACUGUUUGCAAGAUAGAAAACGAUUUACUGAACAAGGAGAUGCCUUAACAUUUGAAUCAGAGGUUGAUCGAAUAUACCUAAGCUCGUCUGACGUAGUUGCGCUUUUUGAUCAUGGAAGUAAAAGAACAUUUCAGAUUAGAAAACAAGGCCUUCCUGAUGUAGUAUGUGACAAGCUGCAUAAUGAUCUGACAGCUGUGUGGAAUCCAUGGGAGAAAAAAGCAAAGGCGUUACAAGAUCUUGGUGAUGAUGAAUACAAAAAAAUGUUAUGUGUAGAUGGGGCCGCAAUUGAGAAGCCCAUUACCUUAAAGCCCGAAGAAGAAUGGAGUGCACAGUUGGAAUUAUCUGUCCUAUCUUCAUGUUAACUAAGGAGUACAAUAAUUAUAUAAAUUAUAGUAUUUAUUACGUAAUUAUUACAAAUAUUGCUCAUAUUUUCAUGGCAAUAUUUUACCUACUUAUAUACUUCCUUUAGUUUUCAAUCACAUCUUUUUCAUCAAAAACGGAUGUAAUUGAAAAAUCAAAGAAGUAUUAUAUAUACUCUGACUGCUAUGCAUUAUCUGCAGGUUCCAAAAUCAAUAGAAAAAGACGAGGGUUUUUUUAGGUGGGUGGGGGGAGAAUUGGGGGUACUAACUUAAUUUUGUUGAGGUUUGAAGAUGGUAUGUUUAUUUUCAAUUGUAUAUCAAAUAUUAGUUAUUUUGUUUGAUCCCUAAAAUAUUUACUUCUGUUUAAUCAAUUUGUACACUUUGUAUGAUACUAUACUUAAUGUAUGUAUAUGUAUUACCUUUUUGCUUUG